AUCAUGUAAAGCUGAAAAUGCCUUUAAAUAAGGAGGUGAUCGUUUUACCACCGAGUCUCUCCCUAGAGAAACCCUUAGACAUGUAUCCUGCAACACGCAAGACUGUUUAGUGCUGCGUGGUGGUAAUAGCAAAAACAAAAACAAAACAAAACAAAAAAACAACUGAUGUAUCCGUACCCAGGAGAGUGGAUCCGUACAAUGUCGUACAUUUAUUUAAUGCAACCCAAAGAAUGAAAAUGAACAAACUACAGCCCCGUGCAGCAACGUGGCUAAAUCAUAGCUCUCAGUGAGAAAGAGCACCUGCAGUAUACAUACCAGAUGUCCAUAUAAAGUUUAGAAACAUACAAUAAUUAACGCAUUAUUUAGGGAUAUAGGCCUGAUAGAAAAGCCUGGGAAUGAUCAAAUUUAGCCUGGGGAGGGAUGGUAACGGUUUAUUUCCUAAUCCAGUGGUGAGUACAUGGGCGCUUCUUUUUAUGUUGACAUUAUGUUAGGUUCUUCUGCAUGCAUGACAGAUGCUCAUAUUUCCUGUUGUGGUCACAGAUGCCUAACGUCACAUUUAGCACUGUGACCGCUUUUAGCUGUACGAUUGGCGCAAUGGCUUGAGCUCAUUCACUCCCUGUCCCACAGCCCCCCGCGGCCGUGCCUCUGCGGACCGUUCCAUCACCCACUGCGCCUGCGCGGCACGUCCAAGCGAUCAUUGCCAAAUCCCUCACGAAGCUUUGCCCUCGGCUUUCUCCUAAACGUGUCGUUUAGCGCUUAGGUUUAAGCUUUUGGUCCACUUUGGGUGCAUUUUUAUUGACGGUGUGAUGAGGCCCAACAUCAUUAUUUUGCAGGGUCCUCCCACUGAUGGAUGAAGAAACCCCCCAGUUCACGCCACUGGUUAAGGGCAACGGACUGGCAGUCAAAUCCAGCCUAUUGGGCAGCGCUCGGCACUAGACAACUGCGCAGGCGCCCAGCAGCAGGCGCCCCAGCCCAGGGUUUGGAUCCGCCUCUUUGCUGAGAGCCCUUUGACUUUUCGGCUAGGGGACCUCCCCUUUCCGGUUCCCGAGAGCCGUGGAGCCCUGAAAAUUGGCGCAGGCGCGGGUGGGAGGGAAAGCUCGGCAAAUCUUUAGCGUCGGGGCCGUCAGCAGCUGGUUGUAAGACGUGGACUUCAGCUCCGCGUUUUGUUGUAUGCCAGGCCGUGUUUUCCCUCGCGCUCUAGGACGGGGCGGGGCCCUGAGGCGCUGUUCGAGAUAUUCCAAGAACACUGUAGGAAGCACACGUUCCACGGGAGGUAAAGCCGGCCAACCCCACAAGCCCACUGACGUGUAUGAUUUUUCUGAGAAUUCUGGAAUCUCGAGCAUGGGCAGGAUGAGUGAGAAUGAGAAAGAUGAAGAACCUUAUGAAUCCUUUGAGCCUCCUCUACACAGCACUGCUAUCUACAGCGAUGAAGCUGAGCUCUCCAAGCACUGCGGGUCCUUUAUCCCUUCACCUCCACAAGGACAAGAAGCAAGAAGGAGUUCGAACACUUCUGAAACUGAAGAAAGUGAAAACGAGCCUGUGAAAGUUAGUGCAAAAAAGCGAGGAAGAAAACUCAAGCCCAUUAGUGAUGAAUCUGAAAGCUGCAAUGAAAGGGAUAAACCAACAGAGAAAAUAGGUAGCCAGCAACCUGAAGCUGUGUCGUCUUCAGAAGUUUCGGAGAAGUCAGCUGAACUUGGCACUUCUAAAAAGGUAGGACCUCCUGGUGCCAGCUCCUCUGUUGAGAAAGAGACCUGGCAACAGAAAAAAACUCAGAAAAAGAAGGCGUUUCAUGGCAAAAGAAAGAAAUCAAGAAGCGAAGCCAUGGACUCAGGUAUGUCUGACUGUGCACGUAUUUGGUGUCUACAAGGAAAGCAAAGCAGUGACAUCAUGGACUUAGAUGUUGUUUUGUCAGCAUUUGAGGAAACCCUCCCCGCGUAUAAACAAAAUAUAGAAUCUAAAAUUUGCCAGGAAGCAAUUGGCAAAUUCCAUUCUAGUAUGAAAGAAGAACUCAUCAGAAUGCUUGCGGAAGUCCAGAUGUUGAAAACUCUGAGGAGGAGGAAUGCUAAGACGAUUUCAGAUAUUGAAAAGAAAAGGCAGCGUUUGGUUGAAGUCCAGGAUGAACUGCUUUGUUUAGAACCACAGCUCAAACAACUACAAACAAAAUAUGAUGAACUUAAGGAGAGAAAAUCUUCUCUGAAGAAUGCAGCAUGUUUCUUAUCUAAUUUAAAGCAGCUUCAUCAAGAUUAUUCAAAUAUUCAGGAGAGACAACCAAAUGUAAAGGAAACGUAUGACUCAUCCAGCCUCCCAGCGCUGUUAUUCAAAGAAAGAACUCUCUUAGGAGCCGAAAGCCAUCUGCAAAAUAUCAACCAUCAAUUGGAGAAACUCCUUGCCCAGAAAUGAGACCAGUCUGCUAGAACGUGCCUGCCUGGGUACAGAUGAGUCCCACGCUCCUGCUGCCUUCCGAAGCUCCUGCCUAUUGCUGAAGCAACACUCUUGAUAGAUUUCCAAAGAGAAGGACGGGAUAGAAGAAAACACUGUAUUCAUUCAGAAUAUGUGAUGAUUUCAUGGAGCAACCUGUGUUGGACUAAGGUAUAAAACCAGUACAGCAGAUAUCCAAGUGAAUAUGCUACAUGGUGGUGUCUUUGAUACCAUCACCUUGAGAGUGAACUCUUUUGUUCAAAUAUUGCUGCCACUGUCGCCAGAACAUACUGGAAAUGCCUGCAGUUCCUACGAUACAUCCUGUU